CUGUCUCUGUAACUGCAAACUACAAAAUCUACUAGAAUCAGAACCCAUAUCGGCAUAUCAUUUCAGAUUGUUCAAAAUAUCAAAACCCAUAUCCUUCAGUUUCCAUCGCCCGCUGUUCCAGUUCGGGUUCGCCGUUCGCAAGCUUCAGCCGCUAACCCUCUGUCUCUCCACUCUCAAGCCCCUCUCUCUACAACUGCUAACUUGUAUGUAUGGGUUUUAUUUUAUUUUAUUUUUUCCAGUUAAUUAAGGUCCGUAAUUCUUGUUUUGCAAACUAAAUCCUAUUUAGUGAAAUGUUUUGCAGGAUUUGAAAGACUAAUUAGUAAAUUUGGGUUAAAACAAGCUUAAGGUUCUUAUACAGGUAACUCAUUUCUCUAAUUAUUCAAUAUAAAUAUUUUUAGGGCAAAUCAUUUCAGCCUCCCCAAUCACCUCCAUAUCGAUUCUCAUUCUUGACUCUGAACUUGCCUUCUUUCUCUCUCUCAGCAACUGCAAACUACAAAAUCUACAAGAAUCAAAAGUUCAAAAUCCAUAUAAUUCAGUUUAUCUAUCUAUCUACAAGAAUCAAAAUUUCAAAACCUAUUACCUAUAUCAAAACCCAUAUCAGCAUAUCAUUUCAGAUUGUUCAAAAAAUCAAAACCCAUAUCCUUCAAUUUCCAUCGCCCGCUGUUCCAGCUCAGGUUCGCCGUUCGCAAGCUUCAACCGCUGGCUCUUUGUCUCUCAACUCUCAAGCCCCUCUCCCUGCAACUACUAACUUGGAAGCGGAGUUGAUGUAAAAGAGAUCACUCCGCAGUAAUGCUAAGAAAUUCGAGUUUCAAGCUGAGGUGUCUCGGCUCAUGGACAUCAUUAUCAACUCUCUUUACAGCAACAAAGAUAUUUUCUUGAGGGAGUUAAUCUCCAAUGCUUCUGAUGCGCUCGACAAGAUUAGGUUCCUUGCACUCACUGACAAGGAAGUUUUGGGUGAAGGUGAUAAUAUUAAGCUUGAGAUCCAGAUCAAAUUAGAUAAAGAAAAGAAAAUUAUUUCCAUUCGUGAUAGAGAGAUAGGUAUAACGAAGGAGGAUUUGAUUAAGAACUUGGGAAUCAUAGCCAAAUCUGGAACAUCAGGUAUGUAUGGGAAUCAAAGGCUGAUGGAGCAUUUGCUAUUUCUGAGGAUGUUUGGAAUGAGCCACUUGGUCGUGGAACUGAAAUCAGAUUGCAUCUUAAAGAAGAAACUGGGGGAGUACUUGGAGGAGAGGAAAUUAAAGGUCAAAGCUAGGAUUGCGGGUUGCGAUUGCCGUUACUUCUUUUGUUGCAGCUAUAUUUUUUGUAUGGCUCAUGAAAAAGUUGCAAGAAGAUAUGAAGAAUUUUUGUUUUAUUUGGUUAAGUAAAUAUAUAAGGUGUGGAUUAUGUACUUAUUUGAAAUUUGUAUAUGGCUAAUUUUUGUAUAAAACAAUGAUUUGGAAUUGGUUAUAUAUAUAUAUGAUGUUACUGGUCACUUGUAAAUUAUUUUGGU